AUGGCAAUGAGCUCAGAACUAGAUCAAAGUACUUGGAACUCAGAAGCUGACAAGCUUCUUAAGUUUCGAGAUGAGAUAGUUGACAACCUGGAUAAAGAGGAUCUGAGCUUGAAGAGGCUAGUCAUCGAAAGACGAAUCAAGAAAGCAGCUAAAGAUUAUCUACAUGACGAAAGUGCUUUCGCUAAAGGGAGAAUCGAUCUGGUGAGUGAACGGUAUUUGGAGGCAAUCAGCAUGGAUUAUGAUGAAUUAAAGACAGCCGGUGUUGCUUACAAGGCAGAAAGUGAAAUAACAGAUGUGCUGGAAGCAGAUCAAGACAUUGAGGGCGAAAAGGACGAAAAGGACGAAAGUCCCGAACGUCAGGACACGACGAUGGAUCAUUUGAUAUCCAACGAGCUGAACAACGACAGGAGUAGCAACAUAGUCAGCCACCUUCGCAAAGAAAACAGGCUGGUAAGCAGUGCUCGCAAGAACACAGAAUUAGUGAAAACAAUGCUGAGUGAGUCAGAAUCAGCUAUUGGAAACACCAGAAAAAGGCAUUUGACAGAUCAAGAUGAUAAUUGGGGUCCCAUUGUUCCCAAACGUGGCGAUCAUGAGCACCAUCACAGAUAUCCGCAAGUUACGAACCAAUUCUCAGACCAUCCAGAAACUUUGGAAAAUCUGAAUUCACAAGCAUCUAUUUACAAUCACCAUAAUGGGAUAAUCGGUGAAGGAAAUAACGUUGUGCCUCUUAGUCAAAAUCAAUGGGCCUUCAAUUCUACGCAAUCGUCACUUCCUUUCCAACAAUUUCCUUCUCUUCCCAAAAAGACAUCUACCAGUGGAAUCAAGAAAACCAGAUCGGGCACUCUAUCACCGCGCAAUCCACGAGCAUCAUCUCCUCCACAGCAGGAAAGUCGAGGAAAGGUUCCCAAAGCUUUACGCAAAAUGGAGCACAUAGCGCGAAAACACAGUCUUUAA